UUCACUUCUCAGUAUUUCGUCACAACAUGGCGACGCACUCAGAUGCCAGGCUCGAAUUAAACACUGAAAACACACAGGGCACUAAAGUCAUGGAGGAAAUCAUCGGGGUCUGCGGUUUAGAGGCCAGAGGACUCGUUGAAGGGAGCAGUUCACCUCUGGAUGUGGAGACUCCAUCCCAGGAUAACAUGGAAGAUUUUGUGGGCCUGGUGAGCAGUGAGGAGGAAAGAGGGGAGACGCCAGGCAGGGAAGAUAGCAACCCGGACCCCCUCGAUCGGGAGUUGGGCCCUAACGCUGCGAAAACCAAGGACCAUAAAUCCUUCGGCAAAGAGGUUUUGUUGCUGAUGCAGGCACUUCAUACUUUAGCCACCCCAGAAGAGAAACUUGCUGCCCUUUGUAAGAAAUAUGCAGACCUGCUGGAGGAGAGUCGCAGCAUGCAAAAACAGGUGAAGGUGUUGCAGAAGAAGCAGAACCAGGUGCUGAAGGAGAAGAUCCACCUGCAGAGCGAGCACAGCAAGGCUGUCCUGGCACGCAGCAAACUGGAGAGUCUUUGCAGGGAGCUUCAGCGCCAUAACAAGACCCUGAAGGAGGAGAACGCUCAGCGGUUCAGGGAGUACGAGGAGCGGCGCAAGGAGGCGACGUUGCACUUCCAGAUGACGCUGAAUGAGAUUGAGGCCCAGAUGGAGCAGCACAACUUGCAUAACAGCAAACUGCGGCAGGAGAACAUGGAGCUGGCUGAGAAACUCAAGAAGCUCAUUGAGCAGUACGAGCUCCGGGAGGAGCACAUCGACAAGGUGUUCAAACACAAGGAACUGCAACAGCAGCUGGUGGAUGCUAAACUCCAGCGGACGGCUGAACUGAUGCGAGAGGUGGAGGAGAAACAGCAGAGAGAAAGAGAGUUUCUUCUGAAGGAUGCGACUGAGUCGAGACAUAAAUGUGAGCUGAUGAAGGAGCAGGAGCAUCAGUUAAAGCAGCAGCUCACUCUGUACAUGGACAAGUUUGAGGAGUUUCAGACCACCCUCGCCAAAAGCAACGAGGUCUUCACCACCUUCCGACAGGAGAUGGAGAAAAUGACAAAGAAGAUCAAGAAGCUUGAGAAGGAGACCACGCUAUGGAGGACCAAAUGGGAGACUAACAACCAGACUCUACUGCAGAUGGCAGAAGAGAAAACAGUGCGAGACAAGAAUUACAAGGCCCUCCAAGGCAAACUGGAGCGUCUGGAGAAGCUUUGCAGGGCCCUGCAGAGAGAACGCAACGACCUGAACCAGAAACUCCUGGCCCUUCAGGGCCCAGCGAAAGAUCCUGAGGAAGAAGGUACAGGGCCUCCUGACCCCCAGCCACAGGUGCUCUCCAACCCAGAGAUGGAGAGAGAGGUGGAGGGAGAGACGGAGGGUUUGGUGCCUGAAACAGAGAAACUUGGGCUUCAGCCUGAGGAAUCAGGCACCACCUCAUCCAGACAACUCAUUGACGACUGAGCCUGGCCUUCUGGUGCCCUUUCUUUUCUUUUUUUUCUUUGUGGAGGUAUAUAUUUUUGUCUAACAAUUAUUAUCAUAAAAUUUGUGAGAAAAAAGCAGGACAUUAGUGAAGACGCUGACUGCUCUAUACGUUGGCAAUCGAGCACUUUUUACUCCCUGUUUUCUAUCACAUUGUAUUUUCGUAGGAAAUGGUCAUGUGGUCCAAGACGGCCACCAUGCAGCUUUGUUUCGUAUAUUUUUUUUUUCUUUUUUCUCCACCCCCGCCUCCCCAAUCUGUUUCCAGCCCUUUCCUGUUCAGCUGUGCUGUGGUUGCACAUCUUUCGUUUCUCUUUAAUAAAAUGUAGCUCUUCGCUCUGACCUCUAGAAUCUGAAUAAAUCAUUUUAGAUGCAUAUAAUGUUUAACAUUGCUAUUUUAAAAUAACCGUACAUAGUCAACUAGCCAGUCCAGUUCUAGCUGACCAGAUAACAUUGAGACUGGAAAAACAGGGCAUUAAUAAUAGAGGAGAGAUACAUUAACACACACUUACCUUCUCAUUGGCACUUUGAGUCAGAGCCAAGACUUGUCCAUAACAAGUCACGCUUCUAUUGCUUUGACUAAAAUGGACAUGAAAUGGACUUUAAAGGAUGAUACAUGUCUUAU